CCGAGGUCUUCUCUUGUCCUGUCAGCAGCUCGUUCUCUGUGUGAGACCAGCUCCCGAAACCUGAGCGAUCAGCCACAUACAAGAGCUACACACGACAUGGCUACGAUUCCCACCUCGACCAGGUUCACGGACGAAAAUCAGCUGUACGAGGAGCUCGGAAAGGGCGCUUUCUCCAUCGUCCGACGAUGUGUGAAGAAAUCGACAUUACAGGAAUAUGCAGCUAAAAUUAUCAACACAAAGAAGCUGACGGCGAGAGAUCACCAGAAACUGGAACGAGAAGCUCGUAUCUGUCGUCUGCUCAAGCACCCCAACAUAGUGCGACUGCAUGACAGUAUAUCAGAGGAAGGCUUUCACUACCUUGUCUUUGACCUGGUCACUGGUGGAGAACUUUUUGAGGACAUUGUUGCUAGAGAGUAUUACAGUGAAGCUGAUGCCAGCCACUGCAUUAAUCAGAUCCUGGAGAGCGUGAGCCACAUCCACCAGCAUGACAUUGUGCACAGGGACCUCAAGCCGGAGAAUUUACUGUUGGCCAGUAAGAUGAAGGGGGCUGCAGUGAAGCUGGCUGAUUUCGGUCUGGCCAUCGAGGUGCAGGGGGAUCAGCAGGCCUGGUUUGGUUUUGCAGGCACCCCUGGCUACCUCUCCCCCGAAGUUUUGAGGAAGGACCCCUACGGCAAGCCAGUGGACAUUUGGGCAUGCGGUAUGUCCUCUGUGUUUAUGCUGCUUUACUGCUGUAGCCCAGUGGUCAGCCUACAGUUAGCAGUGCAUAACUCAUUGUGUGUGUGUGUGUCCGUGUAUCCAGGAGUGAUCCUGUACAUCCUGCUGGUGGGCUACCCACCCUUCUGGGAUGAGGACCAACACAAACUGUAUCAGCAGAUCAAGGCAGGAGCUUAUGAUUUUCCCUCUCCAGAGUGGGACACUGUUACUCCAGAGGCCAAGAACCUCAUCAACCAGAUGCUGACCAUCAACCCAGCUAAAAGGAUCACCGCUGACCAGGCCCUCAAGCACCCUUGGGUUUGCCAACGAUCAACUGUGGCUUCCAUGAUGCAUCGCCAGGAGACUGUUGAAUGUCUGCGCAAAUUCAAUGCAAGAAGGAAACUGAAGGGAGCCAUUCUUACCACCAUGCUGGUGUCUAGAAACUUCUCUGUGGGUCGGCAGCACACAAGCCCCGCCGCCCCCACCACCAGCACGGCUGCGCUGGCACAGGAAGCAUGCAAAAGUUUACUGAACAAAAAAACUGAUGGAGUGAAGCCACAGACAAACAACAAUAAAAACAGUGUAGUAAGCAGCAGCACCAAAGACAGCAGCAUAUCAUCCACGGCGCCAAUGGAACCACAGACUACUGUCGUGCACAACCCGCCCGACGGCGUCAAGGGGUCCAUGGAGAGCUGUAACACUACAGAAGAGGAGGACAUGAAAGGUAGGAAAGCUCGCAAGCAGGAGAUCAUCAAGAUCACCGAGCAGCUGAUUGAAGCCAUUAACAACGGAGACUUUGAGGCCUACACGAAAAUCUGCGACCCUGGUCUGACCUCCUUCGAACCCGAGGCACUUGGGAACCUUGUGGAAGGAAUGGACUUUCAUAAGUUCUACUUCGAGAACUUGUUGAGUAAGAACAGCAAGCCGGUGCACACGACCAUCCUAAAUCCUCACGUGCACCUGAUCGGAGAGGAGGCGGCCUGCAUCGCUUACAUCCGCCUGACGCAGUACAUCGACAGCCAGGGCCACCCGCGUAGCUGCCAGUCGGAGGAGACACGCGUGUGGCACCGCCGCGAUUCCAAGUGGCUGAACGUGCACUUUCACUGCUCAGGAGCGCCUGCUGCCCCCUUACAAUGAAACAAGCCGGACACCGCUUGCCUGGAUGAUUGGAGCAUGUCUUCUCAGUGGUCGGAUUGGUGCCAGGAGCUCGGCCGGAAGAGAAAACAUGAGGGGGAAAAAAUACAAAGUAAAAAAAAGAAAAAAUGACAAAAUUUAAUAGCCAGCUGAGGCCAGCACCACUUCAGUCCAACAGUAGCUAGACGUGGAGGCCGGCGACGGCGGCGGCCCCGCCCUCUGAAUGCUGCAUGCUUCUGAUGCCCACGGGGGGCGCUGUCUCGUCCUUUUACCCAUCAGCCCAUCUCUUUUGUCCGUCGUUUAGCAAGAGUGUUCUAAGUAUUAAUAUUUUGUAAAAUAUUGAGAUUGUCGAUCCGUACACUGUUAACAGGGCUGAAAUGCGAUGGCGGUUUAAAAUCAGAAAUGUGAAUUUAUUCUUUUAAAGGAGAGUCCACAGUUUUAGUGGCCAGUGGUGUUUUUGUUCAUGUGUAGAGCUGUGGGGUUUUUUUCUUUCUUUUUUUCUUUCAUUUUGGAUGCAACAAAUAGUGUGGAUGGUAAACUAAAUGGUUACGUAAUAUAAAUAUAUAUAUAUCACCAAAGUGUAGAGGUUAGAUUUUAAAAUGAGGUUGUUUUAACAGUACUAUGGGUUUAACGAAGGGAAAAUUCUAGAAAGCUUUUUAGUAUUUUGUUGUGUUUUGUGAGACUCUUUGUUUUUAAUCUCCUGAAUGAUGCUGGAUUCGGUCCUUGUUUUCUGGAACAAAAAAAGCAAAAAAUUUUAGCAGGGCAUGAAUUAAUGUAUUGUGAACAUGAAUAUUUAUGAGGUAGAAGAGCAAGUCACACGCAGAGUGUGUGUAUGUGUGCCUCUUUGCCUCGACACUCGUUUUUUGUGCUUUUAGAAGCCGGUAUGAUGACACACAAACACACGUCUGUCUGCCUGAACUUCUGUACGUCGGGUAUUUUUCUUUACCUGCUUGUCUAUUCGAGAUCUCGUCCUUGGAACCUGAAGUUGCAGAAUGCCCGUCCGACUUCACUAGCGUGUGCACUCUUUCCUUCUGGCCACUAGGGGGGGCAUAACACUACUCAUGUUCACUAGGCUGUCUGCCCCCUCUUCCCCUCCAUCCCUUGAGCUCUGGCUGUGUGCGUGUCUAUAUUUUCUAUUACGAAGCAUGUUUGAAUUGAAUAGAAAUGGCCUGUACUGUUUUGCACAUAAGCCUGAGACACUACGCCGACGCUUCUCUGUUCACGCCGUGCGGACUUCUGCAGCUUCGGGGUCAGAAAAUCCCCCCCCCCCCCCCCCCCCCCCCUCCUUCCGAAGGGCCGAAAUUAAGACCCUGACACCAGCCCAUAACGGUUACACUGUCCGGUCACGUAUGUGUGUAUGCACACUUGCCUGUGUUUGUCCUACUCGUGUUGUAGCGUCCGUUUCUUACACUUCGCGUGCCGUCUCCGGACCCGCCGCGAGUGGCGCUCGAGCAUGUUUAAACAGAGGAAAUGCCGCAUGGGGUCGGAGGGCAGGGCGUGUCCCAGUCACGCUCGAGGCUCGAGUCGGUUCGUCGGUCGCUCCGUGGCAGUUUGUGUCGUGAUGUUCUGACUUCGGUGUUCUUAGUGUCCGUGUUUUUCUGAACCGAAUAUUUUUUUAACUGUAAAUACGAACGCCGUGCGAGGGCUGGAGAACAGGGCUGUGCCAUAAAUGCACACCCUCUCCGCCCAAAUCUGAGUUUUCUCCAGCACGAGCGUCCAUAUUGUUAUUCUGUAGGUUUCUAGACUGGUUUGGCUCAUUGUUCGACACGAUGCAGCUUUGUUUAGCUUUUACUAAAGUAACGUCUUAUCUGAACAUCGCUCAAAUAAACAGAGAAAAGCGUAAAUCAUCUACGUGUUUAUUACGCUCAUCCGCUUAUCGUCCAGCAGGCUACUUUCGUGGCACUGCGACUCCCUCCACCCCAUCACACUGUGUCCCGUUUUUACGCCCCAGUGCAUCGUGUACAGUUGCGGCGUGAUGAUUUCGGGUCUCAUUAUCGUCCGUUUUGACUCCGUUGCCCUGUUCGUCGCACAUCCAGACAGACAAUAAUACAUACAACUAAUCACAAAGAGGACAGAAAGAGCGAAAAUCCAGACAGGUCCAGGAGUACGUUUUUAAAUACUGUGUGUUCAGCUUGCGAGAGGAGGGACAGCUUCGUCACGCUAACCGAAAUCGCUCCGACCGGCCGUUCACUUUAAGAACCGAACUAUAUAUGCAGUUGGAAAGACGAGGGAAAAUAUGCAUGUCUAUUCUGGUGAUACUUCUCACUGUCUGUGUUUACUUAAAAAUGGAGAAAUCUAUCUAUCUACUUAUAUUGUAUGUUACCUGCAUUCUCAAAAUGAUUAAAAUACAUAAGAGUGAUGUAUUACCAAAAAAAAAAAAAAAUAAAUAAAAAAGAUUAGCAGAGCUGUAGCUUGGUAUGUUCCCCAGAUUCUAUUCAAUUUAUUGCAUUAUAACCACAUGGGGCUACAUAUGACUGUACUCUUGAGUUUUAAUUGGAUGCUGGUUUUUGCAUGACCAUAUAAUUAAUAAAACCAUUUAAGAAUUUUAAAAAGUUUAAAAAAUAUCAAGUGUUUGUUUGAAUGUUAGUAGAUCUUCAUGAUAGCUUUGUUAUUACUGAAACAUCUGAAAGUAUUUAAUAAAAACAUUGAAACUAAA